AUGCCCAGCCGACUCUUCUUUGAUAACAUCGGAGCCAUCCUGAUGUACGCCGUGGUGGGCACCGUCUGGAACUCCUUUGCGACAGGGACUGCGCUGUGGGGGGUGAAGCUGAUGGGCCUCAUGGAUCCUCAGGUAGAGGCCGGUCUGAUGGAUUUCCUGCUUUUCGGAAGCCUCAUUUCUGCCGUGGACCCUGUCGCCGUGCUGGCCGUGUUUGAGGAAGUUCACGUCAACGAGACCCUUUUCAUCAUCGUGUUCGGAGAGUCUCUGCUGAACGACGCCGUGACCGUGGUUCUGUAUAAGGUGUUUAACUCCUUUGUUGAGAUGGGCCCACACAACGUCCAGGCUGUGGAUUAUAUGAAAGGCGUAGGCUCCUUCUUCGUGGUCAGUCUCGGGGGGACGGCGGUGGGUCUGGUGUUCGCUUUCCUGCUGGCCUUCAUCACUCGAUUCACCAAGCGAGUGCGCAUCAUAGAGCCCCUCUUCAUCUUCCUCAUCGUCUAUCUCGCCCACCUCACCGCAGAAAUGGUCUCGCUGUCCUCAUACUGGCGGUGACGUUCUGCGGCUUGUGCUGUAAGAAGUAUGUAGAGGCCAACAUCUCCAACAAGUCCCGGACCACCGUCAAAUACACCAUGAAGACCCUGGCCAGCAGCUCCGAGACCAUCAUCUUCAUCUUCCUGGGCAUUUCCGCUGUGGACACCUCCAAGUGGAUCUGGGACUCGGCGCUGGUCCUAUCCACGCUCGUCUUCAUCUUUGUCUUCAGGGCAAUCGGUGUGAUCCUACAGACUUGCGUGCUAAAUCACUUUCGACUCCUCCCACUGGACAGGAUCGAUCAGGUUGUGAUGUCAUACGGCGGCCUGAGAGGGGCAGUGGCCUUCGCUCUUGUGAUCUUGUUGGACGGCAAGAAAGUCAAGGCCAAGGGAUACUUCGUGGCCACAACAAUAGUGGUGGUGUUCUUCACGGUGAUGUUCCAGGGCCUGACCAUCAAACCGCUUGUCAAGUGGCUGAAAGUGAAGAGAAGAGACCACCACAAGCCGACGUUAAAUGAGGAAUUACAUGAGCAUGCUUUCGAUCACAUCCUGGCAGCGGUGGAGGACAUCGUUGGCCAUCAUGGAUAUCACCAUUGGAGGGAUAAGUGGGAACAGUUUGAUAAGAAAUAUCUAAGCCAAUGGCUGAUGAGGAAAUCGGCGUAUCGGAUCAAAGACGAAAUCUGGGAGGUUUGCUACAAACUCAACAUCCGCGAUGCUUUAAGUCUGGCAGAUCAGGGUGGUCACAUACUGUCCUCUGACAGGCUCUCUCUGCCAUCAAUGCCAAGCCGUGCCUCCAUGUCUGAGACCUCUGUGACUAACCUGCUCAGAGAGAAUGGGAGCAAGGCAUGUCUGGACCUGCAGGCCAUAGACACAGUGCGCAGUGGGCGGGACAGGGAGGACGCAGUCAUGCACCAUGUGCUGAAGGGGAGCCUGUACAAGCCACGGCGCAUGUGCAAGUCCAGCUACAGCCGCCAUUUUAUGACGCAGGACGAGCAGGAGCGCCAGGAGAAGGAAGUCUUCCAGAAAAACAUGAAGCGGAGGCUGGAAUCGUUCAAAUCCACCAAACACAACACUUGCGUGUCCAAAUCCCGAGUCAAGAAAGACGGUCGCAAGAAGAGACGAGUUAGCAUUGACCUCGAGCCGCAGAAAGGAAGGCAAAGUAAAGGCGUGAGCUGGCAAAACACAGCAUCGAUCGUGAUAACUGCGGACUCGGAGGACGAGUGUUCGAACAUUGAGGUAGAAGAGGACGAGGGUAUCACCUUUGUGGCUCGAGCGACGGAUGAGAUCCUUCAGGGGGUUUCGGGGUGACAGGAAUGCUGGGAGUCUGUCAAAGUCCUCGUCUUGUGCCACCAUCCCCAACCAUGGCUGAGAAGGUGCUGCCAUGGAAAGGAGACCCAGAUCAGAACACAGUGUGCAUCUCUUCAGAGACUACAAAGAUCGUCCCCGUGGAUCUCAAGAGGUCCUGGAAGCAGAGCAUCUCCUCUCUAGAGAGUAUUAGUUCUCCUCCAGCUCCUGACCUACAGGUAGACGCAGCCAGGUGUUUGAGACAAGAUCUCCGCAGUCCUCCUGGCCUUCAGACUCUCCCGGAGACCUGUAGCUGUUUUCCUUUUAAUAAUUCUCCAUCACAAGGUGGUAGAAGUCAUCAAGACCCAACAGAUAUCCAGCAUCAAGAACUGCAACCCUUAAUGCCUAGGGAUGAGGGUUCUGGAUAUAGUUCUCAGUCCAGCAGACACAGUCAUAGCAAAAGACUGUUGCAGUUGCAUCGGCCCUCUAAAAUCUGA